ACUCCCACGCACCACUCCAUCGCCACUCGCUUCAAACCUCCUCCCUCCCAACCCAGCCCAGCCCAGCCUUCCGGGAAAAGCCAAGAACCCCUCCAUCCCCUCCACCAGAGAACCACCAUGGACAAGAUUGGCAGCAGCUGGAGGAGGAACAAGGGGAGAGGCCGCCAUGGGGCGGGCCUGCGCGCCGCCGCCAUCACCAUGCUCAUGCUGGCCACCAUCCUCCUUUGCUCCGCGCCCACCAUAGCACUCACCCCGGACGGCGAGGCCCUGCUCGAGCUCAAGCUGGCCUUCAACGCCACCGCCCAGCGCCUCACCAGCUGGAGGCCCUCCGACCCCAACCCCUGCGGCUGGGAGGGCAUCUCCUGCUCCCACCCCGAUCUCAGGGUACAAUCCAUAGCUCUGCACCAGAACAGCCUGCAUGGCCCAAUCCCUGUAGAGAUCAAGAACUGCACAGACCUCAGGGCAAUUUACCUGAGAGCUAACUACCUGCAAGGAGGUAUCCCUUCAGAGAUUGGCGACCUUGUGCACCUCACAAUCUUGGACUUGUCGAGCAACCUGUUGAGGGGUACAAUUCCGGCAUCCAUUGGAAGCCUCACACACCUUCGCUUUCUGAACCUGUCCACUAAUUUCUUCUCAGGAGAAAUCCCAAACGUGGGUGUCCUAGGAACCUUCAAAAGCAGCUCGUUCGUUGGAAAUCUGGAGCUUUGUGGCUUGCCCAUCCAGAGAGCUUGCCGUGGAACACUCGGCUUUCCUGCUGUGCUGCCGCACUCCGAUCCACUCUCUUCAGCUGGUGUUUCUCCUAUCAACAACAACAAAACAUCACACUUUCUGAAUGGCAUUGUCAUUGGUUCAAUGUCAACCUUGGCUGUUGCCUUGAUCGCUGUACUCGGAUUCUUAUGGAUUUGCUUGCUGUCCAGGAAGAAGAGCAUUGGUGGGAACUAUGUAAAGAUGGACAAGCAAACUGUUCCUGAUGGUGCAAAGCUUGUGACGUACCAGUGGAACCUUCCAUAUUCAACAAGCGAGAUUAUUAGAAGGUUGGAGCUGCUUGAUGAAGAGGAUGUGGUUGGCUGUGGGGGUUUUGGCACAGUGUACGAAAUGGUGAUGGAUGAUGGCACAUCAUUUGCUGUGAAGAGGAUUGACCUUAGCCGCGAAAGCCGUGACAGGACAUUCGAGAAGGAGCUAGAGAUUUUGGGCAGCAUCAGGCAUAUAAACCUUGUCAACCUGCGAGGCUACUGCCGGCUCCCCACAGCGAAGCUACUCAUAUAUGAUUUUGUGGAGCUGGGCAGCUUGGAUUGCUACCUUCAUGGAGAUGAACAAGAGGACCAGCCUUUGAACUGGAACGCACGUAUGAAGAUUGCCCUAGGCUCGGCUCGAGGUCUGGCGUAUCUGCACCAUGAUUGCUCGCCUGGGAUUGUGCAUGGGGAUAUCAAAGCCAGUAAUAUCCUUCUGGAUAGAAGCUUGGAGCCUCGUGUAUCUGAUUUUGGCCUUGAAAGGCUUCUUGUGGAUAAUGGUGCGCAUGUCACCACUGUUGUGGCUGGCACUUUUGGAUACCUAGCACCAGAGUACCUGCAGAAUGGGCACGCUACUGAGAAAUCAGAUGUGUAUAGCUUUGGAGUGCUUCUGCUGGAGCUGGUGACUGGAAAGAGGCCAACCGAUGCAUGCUUCAUCAAGAAGGGACUGAACAUUGUUGGCUGGCUCAACACCCUAACUGGGGAACACCGGCUCGAGGACAUCAUCGAUGAGAGAUGCGGAGAUGUGGAGGUUGAAGCCGUGGAAGCCAUUCUGGACAUCGCCGCGAUGUGCACGGACGCCGACCCCGGGCAGCGGCCAUCGAUGAGCGCUGUCCUGAAGAUGCUGGAGGAGGAGAUCCUCUCUCCCUGCAUGAGCGAGUUGUGCUACGAGCAGCACCUGGAGCUCUGAGCUGAAGAAGUAGUAUACUGCUAGCUUGCUACUGGAGCAACUUGAUGGGAUGAGAGUUGUGUGUGCUGGGAGAAGCACAAGUUUUGUAGAUACGUGAUGAUGAACCGUGUAGGUGUGAUGGUGGACAAGUGCAGAUUCUCGUCUUUUUUUUUUGGGUGCUCAGUCAAACGCAAGUGAAAGUGGUUCUUGGCACAGAACCAGCAACCUACUGAGCAUGUUCCUUUGUACAUAGAGAUGAUGUUUUUUUUUCCUUU